AACCCUUCACACUUCUUCUCCUUCAUUCGUCCCUCAUUCUCCUUUCUCUCUCUCUCUUUAUAGUAGAGGGAAAGAGAUUGGUAAGCCAUAUGGCAUAUACAGUCAUGUCCAACGCUAAACUUCAGUUCAACCCUACGGCUACUUCCAAGACCCGCUCCAUCCUCUUCUCCUCGGGCGACCACCUGACCCACCUCAACCGUUUCUGUACUCCUCUUCCGAAACCUGUUUUGCGGCCUCGCCGCUUCAGAAUCCGGGCAACUGAGGCUUCGCAACCUCACGAUUACAAGCUUCGGUUGAACAACGUCCUCCAUCCAUCCAAGUUGAAAAUAGCCGUGGUGGGGUUUGGAAACUUCGGUCAAUUCCUGGCCAAGGCUUUCGUCCGUCAGGGCCACACAGUUCUGGCCCAUUCCCGAACUGAUUACUCUUUAGAGGCCCACUCUAUGGGUGCCUCCUUCUUCCCCGACCCCCACGACCUCUGUGAGCAGCACCCCGAUGUCAUCCUCCUCUGCACUUCCAUCAUCUCCACCGAGCCCGUCCUCCGCUCCCUCCCCAUCCAACGCCUCAAGAGGAACACCCUCUUCGUCGACGUAUUAUCCGUGAAGGAAUUCCCCAAGAACAUAUUCCUCCAGCUCCUCCCGCCCCAUUUCGACAUCCUCUGCACCCACCCCAUGUUCGGCCCCGAGAGCGGCAAAGACACCUGGAAAGGACUCCCGUUCGUGUUCGACAAGGUCCGGAUAGGCGAGGACGGCUCAAGAAUAUGGAGGGCGGAGAAAUUCCUCGACAUCUUCGCCAGCGAAGGGUGCAGAAUGGUGGAAAUGAAGUGCUCGGAGCACGACCGGCACGCGGCAGGGUCGCAAUUCAUCACCCACACGAUGGGGAGAGUGCUGGAGAAGCUGCAACUGGAGACCACGCCGAUAAACACGAAAGGGUACGAGACGCUGUUGAAUUUGGUGGAGAAUACGGCGAGUGAUAGCUUCGAUUUGUACUAUGGUCUGUUUAUGUACAACAAGAACGCCAUGGAGCAGCUGGAGAGGCUGGACUUGGCAUUUGAGGCGCUGAAGAAUGAAUUGUUUGGGCAUUUGCAUGAGAAGCUGAGGAAGCAAUUGUUCUUGAAGAGGGAUAGGGAGGGAUCAAUGGAGAGGCCAAAGUUGUCUAAGUUACCGCCAAAUAAGGGAAAGGGAUAUGCUUUGCCACCACCUUCUUCCAAUUCAGAGAUAUUGCAGCCUCAAAACCAUUAAUUAAGCCAAAUCACUAAUCAAUUCAAGUUGCUUAUUAUGCUUAUCUAUUGUGAUUAUAUAUAUGGUAAUAUGGAGCGUGAAUAAUGUACAACUAGCUCCAAAUUUAUCAAUUUAAUUAAUUAAGUUGAAAUGCCAAGCUCUUGUGCUGGGAGGUCAUCUCUGUGACUUUUCUUGAGAGAAAUGCAUAAUAUUGACUCUUUGGAUUA